CCACAAUUCGGCCUCAUCAAGCACCCCCUAACUGAUAUAUAUAUUUUUUCCCCUUUUUAACCACUUAUAUAUCUAUAUCUGCCCUGCAUUUUUUAAAAAGUGGGGUUGAACCAAAAGUCAGUAGCGAGUUGCGCCUUCAAGAACCCCAUGUUAUUUCCGAAAAUCUUCUGCUAAGGUCUCCAAGUGUAACGGGCGCGAGUUGGUGCUGUGCCUCCUAAUAUGGAGGAGGCUAAUUCUGCUCACAGAUCCGCGCCACCAACCCCGCCACCGGCACCACCACCAGCACAAAACCCUGCUCCUCCUUCGGGCGUCUAUACCCCAACAAAGAAGAAGAGGAAGUUCGACGAUGCAGAGUUUCAGGCAUCCAAGUACUGCAAGAUCCGGUCCAUUCUCAAGGGCCUCCGCCCUUCCAUCAUCGACGUCCUACGAGCUCCUGAGUACCGCAUCGGCAAAUGUGCAGAUACUAUUCGGAAAGACCUCAGGCUCAUCAUGGAGUUGUCGAAGCAGCUUAGGGCUGAAACAGUUUCUUUGGGGAAGAUGAGAAGAUUUGAAACAGUGGAAGACAUUCCUGACCGUCGUCAAGAAGAGAAAAUAACCGAAAAACCUGCAGUGGAAAAGCCACCUCUGGAAGAGAAGGUUUCAGUCAACGAGCAAACUGUGCUGCAGAAAGGAGUGGCUUCUGAAUCUCAUCUAAUUGGAGGAUCACCUGAUGCUUGGAAUUUCAUAACUUAUCCUGGCUCUGAUCCAGUUUAUUAUGGGAAGGUAAAAGCAAGUGUGGCAGCAACACGUGAGCCGGUACAAUCCUAGGCUGAGUUUCUUGCACAAUCAAUGACUAAUGCUCGUGCAAUGACUCACAAUUUUUUUUGGGCAUGUUUAAAUUAUAAUUAAACGUUAACUAACCAUUUCAACUUCAUCCGUUAUUGUACUUCUAGAUUUGAACAUUUGAAAUGUACAUUGUUGUAUUCUUGUACCAGUUAAAGGCUUCCCCUUAAUGAUACACAUCUCUUUUUGCCUGCAGGAGGCAUCAAACCUUU